AUAAAAGGGGAUUUUAGGGUAAAAUUGAUCUCGUGAAAGUGUUACCUCCUUUUGGAACAUCAAUUCCAUUUUUGUGGGACCUUUCAGAAUCGAAGGUCCUUUCAAAGAUUUGGAGCUAUGGCUUCUUCUAGGAGAUGCGCCACCCUCAUUUGCUCCAUUGCUUUUUCAAUAUAUUUCUUUAUUAUCAUUUUUCAAGUUCCCAUUUUCAGUGUUCCAUGUAGAAUUGGAAUCUGUAAGACACCGAUGGAAGUGACAUCUUCUCAGUUAAUUGCAAGUGAGGUCUUCCCUCGUUCUAUAGUGAAGAUCCUUUUCUACCCUGGCGCUGUUGCAAAGGCAAUUUGCAAUCAGAAAACCAUCCCAAGCUACAAAAAUCUGCUAAACAUUCACCAGUUCAAUACAAGGGCAAUGUCUGCUGCAUCAGAUAUCCAACACCUAGAGGUUCUUGCAGGAAGCUACUUGUCUGUGGGAGGAGCAAUCACAGGGCUGAUAAAACCAGGGAGAAUGGGCCUUUUUGGAGUACUUCUUCUUAUGUGGGGUGUCAUUAGAGAGUCCAUAAUGGGAACAUCUGGUUUCGCUCAAACAAAAGGCAUCCACAUCUAUCCAGCCAUGUAUAUUGUACUAAUCUCAGCAUUCUUCUCUAUUAGAAAGGAUGUCAGAAAGUUAAUUCGUACAUUCACUCGAAAGCAUGUUGUGAAGGUUAAACGUUUCAAAUCAAAGGGAAAAUGAGACUUGUAAUGACAUGCAUACGUCCAUGGCCUAAUUGGCUAUGAUGCCUGAAUCUGAUAGGUAGGUAGCACUUACAUUGCUCAGUGCAAUUGCAAACACAGGAAUAGAAAAAUUCUGAAUCACAGGGUUGCUAGUGGUGAUUACGCUGCAUGGAUUUUUUGUAUUGUUCAUGAAUGACAAUGACUUGCAGAAAUUGUCAAGCGCAUUCAUUGCUGCUGUUCUGAAUAGGGAUUUGACAAUUCUUUAAGAUGUGCAAAUUCAGUUUAUUGUGCACUCUUAGUUCUUUCAUUGCAUUGAUCAAAUUCAAACAAAAGGAUGCCAUUAUUUAUUUGUUUUCAGAAAGAUGUGUAUAUGAGCUGAGUGAGUUGCAGACAUAGUUUUCUUUGUUGAGUGCAUUGAAUACUGUUCUGAAUAGCAAACUGAGAGCAUUCUUUAGAAGAUGUACAAUGCAGCUUAAGAUGGGAAGUGUUGGUUCUUUCAUUGCAUUUGUUAAAUCUAAAGAAGAGGAUGUUCGUUUCCUAAACUCAAAC